AUGGCCAACCACUGUUAUAUCACGUUAUCCAUUCUCUUUGAAAAAUCAAACGGUCGCCUAUCAAGCUGCUAUCCGUCUUCAACUUUGGUUGACUUUAAACCCGGCAGUUUUCCAUACUCCAUUAUUUGUGGGAGGUUUGGUGUUUGUAUCGCUACUAUGGGGUGGAAACCAUAUCUUGGCCUGCAGGGUAAUUCCCUCCUGCGGGCAGUCGUCAUGCUGGUUGUAUGCCCGACAUUUACUUGUUAUGGAUACAAUAUGAGUGUAGCUGGUGGUCUUUUGACCCUGGAUACGUUCAAUAGCCAGUUCCCGCGAAUGGACACCUUCCACACCAGCGGGGCACUACAACAACAAAACUCACAGAUACAAGGCACUGUGAUUGCACUAUAUACAGUCGGCGGUAUUUUCGGCGCCCUCUCUUGCAUCUACCUAGGCGAUCUUCUUGGACGACGGAAGGUUAUUUUCUUUACAAACCUAGUUUCCAUCAUCGGCGCUAUUCUUAUGGCCACAUCUGUCGAUUUCGCUCAGUUAAUCAUCGCCCGUCUCAUUCUUGGUUUAGGAACCGGUGGCUACGUUGCGACUGUACCGGUCUGGCAGUCAGAGAUUUCCCCGGCACACAAACGAGGAUCUAAUGUCGUCACCGACGGUAUUUUCGUCGGGGUUGGUGUCACCGCUGCGCUAUGGAUCGACCUAGGAUUUUACUUUGUGCAGGAUAACUCGGUAUCAUGGAGGUUCCCACUCGUCUUCCAAGCCAUUCUCUCUGCAACUGCGAUGGUUUUCAUUUGCCUUCUCCCCGAAUCGCCUCGCUGGCUUAUCAAGACUGGCCAAGUCGAUCAGGCGCGUGAAGUGUUGGGGGCAUUGCUCGAGGCCGACCCUAACUCUAGCACUGUUUCCGAGAGUAUCGACAAUAUUGAGGCAUCUCUCGCCUAUUGUGGAUCCGGAAAAUGGACGGAUAUGUUUACAAACGGAAAACAGCGACUCUUCCACCGCACCUACCUCGCUGCUACCGGACAGAUGUUCCAACAGAUGUGUGGUGUGAACUUGAUCACCUACUACGCUACAACUAUCUUCCAGCAGUAUCUCGGCAUGGACCCCGUCAAGGCCCGAAUUCUCGCUGCUGCUAUUGGUUUGAUGCAGCCUUUUGGUGGCUUCCUGGCAUUUUUCACGAUCGAUCGCCUCGGUCGCCGACCACUUAUGCUAUGGAGUGCAGGAGCUAUGUCUAUCUGUAUGGCAGUUCUGGCCGGCACGACCUCUACCAAAGGAAACUCUGGCGCACUUGUAGUCGCUGUGAUCUUCCUCUACGCCUUUCAGUUUAUAUUUACCGUCGGCUACUCGGGCCUGACUUUCCUUUAUGCUACUGAGAUGGCGCCACUACAAAUUCGCGCCGCUGUUAGCGCUGUCUCUACCGCUACCGUAUGGGCUUUCAACUUCCUGCUGGCUCAGGUAACUCCCGUUGGCUUCGCCACCAUUGAGAAUCGAUAUUAUAUUGUUUUCGCUGUGCUCAAUGCCGCUAUCGUCCCAGCUGUCUACUUUUUCUUCCCUGAGACAAAGGGUCGCUCCCUGGAGGAAAUUGAUGAAAUUUUCGCACAGUCGAAGAGCAUCUUCGACCCGCCUCGUAUUGCUCGUGCCAUGCAGACGAUUCAGGUUGGUGAGCCUCAUUCUGAGAGCGGGGAUAAUUCUGGGUCGAACGAUGAUGUCCGUAAGGAGAGGAUCAAGGCCUGA